UGUAAUUUAGUGAUAAUAAAUGUUACACGGAAUACUUUUAAAUUACUGAGUGUUUAGUCUUAAUUAGUCAUUUAAAAGCAAAGGAAGAUUUUUAUUUCAUUAAUUUCAAAAUGCCUCUAAAAAGUUAUGUACCUUAUACACAAGAAUCACACUUUCCAAUUGAAAAUUUACCAUAUGGAGUGUUUUCUACUCAAGAUGAUCCUACCCAUCGAAUAGGUGUUGCAAUUGGUAAUAAAAUAUUAGAUUUAAAAAAUACAACUAAUGUAUUUAAUCAUCCUCUGUAUGAACUAUUUCAACAAUCUUCAUUACAUAGUUUAAUGGCUUCAAGUAAAAGUACAUGGACACAAGCUAGAAAAUCAAUUCAGUCUUAUUUAAGUAUUGAAAAAGCUGAUAAUUUUAAUAAAGGAGUAUUUUGGAAUCAAAAUGAAGUUAACAUGCAUUUGCCUGUUUCAAUUAGCAAUUAUACAGAUUUUUUUUCAUGUUACCAUCAUGCUUACAACUGUGGAACUAUAAUGACACCUCAAAAACCUUUAGCUGAUAACUGGAAACAUAUGCCAAUCGGUUACAAUGGUCGUUCAUCAUCUGUUAUAAUAUCAGGUACACCUAUUACUCGUCCUAAGGGUCAGUAUUUAAAAAAUGGUAAAUUGCAUUUUGGUCCUACUGAAAUGCUUGAUUAUGAACUGGAAAUGGCCUUUUUUGUGGGUGGUACUUUAAAUUCUUUAUCAGAAUCAAUACCAACGUCAAGAGCAUCAGACUAUAUUUUCGGAAUGGUAAUGUUAAAUGACUGGAGUGCAAGAGAUAUUCAAUUGAGAGAGUCCAUACCACUUGGACCAUUCUUAUCAAAAAGUUUUGCAACAAGUAUAUCUCCUUGGGUAGUUACAAUGGAAGCUUUAGAAGAUUUUAAAGUUGAUAACUUAAAGCAAGAACCUAUGCCGAUGAAAUAUUUACAACAUGAUAACAAGUAUAAUUUUAAUAUUAAUCUUAAUGCAAGUGUAUGUCUUAAUGGAUCAAAGCAUAGAAUUUGUGAUACUAAUUACAACAAUUUAUAUUGGACUCCUUUGCAACAAAUAGCUCAUCAUACAAUUAAUGGUUGUAAUUUACAACCAGGUGAUCUACUGUCAUCAGGAACAAUUAGUGGUCCUAAUGACAAAGAGUGUGGAUGUUUGUUUGAAAGAACAAGAGGUGGUCAGAGAGUCAUAAAUCUUGAGAAUGAUGAACUUCUAUUUUUCAAUGAUGGGGAUGAAGUUAUUCUUUCUGGCUACUGCCAAGGAGAUGGAUAUAGAAUUGGUUUUGGCACAUGUAGUGGAAAAAUUCUUCCUGCUAAACUAUAAGAACAUGAUUAUUUAAUUAUGUAAACAUUAAUAAAAACCAUGUAUUUAUAUAAUAAUUUUGUUGAAUUUAAGACUAAGUAAUUCAAUUUUAAUUAAUUUGAAUAUUCCAACUUGACUAUUAACAAUAAAAAAAUGAAAAAAUUA